AUGGACGCCACCUUCCGCGAGGCCCUGCUCACCGCCCCCGACGAGGGCUUCUCCCUCUGGGCCACCGGCGACCGCGCCUCGCCCGAGUGCGAGCAGCUCGUCGCGAUCGCCGAGUCGCUUCCGCUUCCCACGCUGGUGGCGGCCCAUGCCGCGCUCGCCUCGGCGGCUUCGGCGGCGGAGCCGGUGUGGCGCGAGCUCGGCGCCGCCGGCGUGACGGUCGGCGCGUUUCUGGGCGUCACGUCGUCGCUCAUGGCGAGUUCCGAUGCCGACGUCGCCGCCACCGCCGCCGCAAUCUAUCUUGCGGGCGCGCGGUGCGCUGGCGCUGUCCCGUUCGGCGUGCUCAACCCGAUGGCCGCCUUCGAGCUCUCCAAGGCGGUGCGCACCGAGGCCUUCACGCGGCUGCGCGGCGCCGAGGCUGCGCCGCCGGCAAAGUCAGCCGGCCGCAAGCGCGCCAAGCCGGCGGCGAACGAGGACUGCGACUCGGACGAGGAGGGCGGCUUCGGCGGCAGCGCCAGGGCCGAGACGCGUGCCCUCGUCGCUCGCGAGCUCGUCCCGCUCCGCGCCCACUCCGAGGUCCUCGCCCAGCUCGUCGCCGCGCUGGUCGGCGCUGCGGAGGCGAUCGCGGCGCAGGCGGCUUGCGUCGACUUUGUCGUCUCGGCCGCCGCCGCCGCCGCGCCCGCCGAAGGUUCUCCAGCGGACGAGGCGGCGCGCUCGCUGCUGCUCUCCAUCCAGGCGCUGCUCCAGCGAGUCGCCCUCGCAGCGCCGGACCGCGCCGAGCCGCGCGCCGCCGUCUGCGGGAGCGUCGCCCGCCUGCUGCGCGGCCUCCCCCCCGCGGUGACGUCGCGCUACUCUCGGUUCGUCUGGCGGCUGGCGCACGUCGCGAAGGUCGGCGCGCGCACCGUCGCCGUCGAGAUCGCGGCCGCGAUCCUCGAGCUCGGCGCCGAGGGCUGCGACGCCGCCCUCGCCGCGGAGGACGCGCCGCAGACUCUGUGGAGGCUGCUGCUGCUGCGCGCGUCCGACAAGGCGCCGGGUGUGCGCGCAAAGGCGGCGGUCGGCUGCCUCUCCUCGCUGAUCGCCGCCUUGCACACCCCCGCCGGAGCGCGCCUCCUCGCCCUCGUGCAGCAGCCGCCCGCCCUCGCCGCAGCGUCGCCCGGCGGCGCCACCCCCGCCCUCCCCUCGCCACUCGACGCGAUGCCUCCGCCGCCGCCGCGCCGCGACUCGGAGGGCGGCCGCUCCUCGAUCGGCAGCGCUGGUACCCCCGCCGCCGCGACUCCGGGCGGCGACGCCUCGCCCUCCGCCUCGCUCGUCUCCGCCGCAAAGAUGGAGGCGUCGCUCGCCUCGGUCGCGUCGCUGCUGCAGUCGCGCUGCGCCGACGAGCGGCCUGCCGUCCGGCGUGCCGCCCUCGGAGCCAUCGAGGCGUACGGCCUUUCGAGCAGGACAUGUCCGAGACAUGCGUACGGCCUCGCGAGCAGCGACGGCCUCUCGCCCGCCGCACUCGCUGCGGUGGAGGAGCGAUGCCGGGACGCCUCGCCCCUCAUCCGCAAGCAAGCGGCGAAGUGCCUCGCCGCCCUGCUCGCCGCGCGGCCCUCGUCCCCCGCCGAGCGGCGCGCGUGGAUCGACGGCUCCCUCCCUCUCUGCCGCGACUCGGAGGCAUAUCUCCCCAUAUCUCCCCAUAUCUCCCCAUAUCUCCCUCCCUCUCUGCCGCGACUCGGAGGCGGCGGCUGUGUCGAGCCGCCACCCCGCCAGCCCCUUCGCACACCCCGCUCACGCGCGCUCGGGUCGGCUCGCCAGGCGUCGGAGGGAGAGCUGGAGGGCGAGCUGAAGGGCGAGCUGCUGUCGAGGCUGCAGCAACCCGACUGCGACACCGAGACGGCGGCGCUGCUCGUGCAGAUCUGCUGCGCGCUCGGAGGCGACGGCUGGGCGGAGCCGCUGCGGCACGAUCCUGUGCAGCGAGCCCUCGUCGUCUACGGCGAGCUGUCCCUCGAGGAGGAGGACGCAGCCGCCUCGGCCGGCUCGCGCGCCUCCGUCUCCGCGUCGACAAAGGCGGUCGUCGCGGCGGCGACUGAGUUUGCGCACGGCGAGUGCGACCCCGCCCUCUCCGCCACCGCCUUCGUCACGCUCGGCAAGCUGUGCAUGGGCUCGGCGGCGCUGGCCAAGAAGCUGCUGCCGAUGUUUGUCCGCGAGCUCUCGACCAGCCCGCAGUGGGCGGUGCGGAACAACGCGCUCGUCGUGCUCUUCGACCUCGUCAAGGCUGCGCCGCCUCGCCCUCCGCUGCGCUCCCUCCCCUCGCCCUCCCCACCUGCCGCCAGCCCGCAGGCGCACACGGCCCUGCUCGACCGGCACGUCGGCUCGCUCGGGCUGGCGGCGAUCCUGCUUCUGACGCAGCUGCUCCUCGAGGACUACGUCAAGUGGCGGCCCUCCCUCCUCCGCGCCUUUUGCCGCUCGCUCGUCGACGCGGAGCCGACGCUGCGCGCGGCCGGCCGCGCUUGCCUCUUCGACAUGCUCCUCCCUCGCUCGCCCCACCUCGCGCUGGCGCUCGACCUAUCUGGGGCGGAGCAGCAGCGGCCGCGGCUGCAGAUCCUGCGCGCGCUCCUCUCCUCGAUGGGCGACGAGCAGCGGCUGCAGGCGACGCCGAAGCUCUGCCACGAGGCGACGCCGAAGCUCUGCCACGAGGCGACGGCGAAGCUCUGCCACGAGGCGACGGCGAAGCUCUGCCACGAGGUGCUCGCGCCCGUCCUCGACGGCGCCCGCCGCCCGCCGCCCGCCGCGCGAGGGGGAGGAGAGGAGGCCAAGGUGGGCUCCGGGGCGGGCGCCUCCGCCGACGAGCCCGCCGAGGACGGCAACGCGGCGGCGGCGGCGGCGCGCGGCAAGGUCCUCUCGCAGGUGGCGCGCAAGGCGACGGUGGAGGCGAUUGUGCCGAUCGUGGUCGAGCUCAAGCGGCACCUCGAGGCGGCGCACUCGCCGCUGCUGCGCGACGUCUCCCUCUUCGUCUCCCUCUUCGUGCGCGAGCUGCUGCGCGACCACAAGCCGCUCCUCGCCGACAUCCUCGCGCGCGACAAGCAGCUCGCCACCGAGAUCGAGCGCAGCUCCUCCAUGGUCACGCCUGCGCCGCGGGGCCUCCCUCCCCCAGCAGCCGACCAGGCGGCGCGGCGCGACUCGCUCGGCGGCGCUGCGACGCCAAGGCGGCCUUCUUCCAGCGCAAGGGACUCGGCGGGCAGCGUCCCCACGCCGGACCGGAUGCGAGGCGCGCUCUCCGUCCCAAAACUGCGCUCGCAGCGCUCGAGCCUCGGCGCGUCCGGAGGCAGUCGCGCCACCGCGCUCGCGCCCUCGGCGCCGAGCCUCGUCAACCGGCAGGGCGGCGGCGGCUCGCCGCCGCCCAAGACGCAGUCCGAGACGCAGUCCGAGACGCAGGACGUCCAGAUGGCGUCCCCGUUCCGCGGCCAGCCGCCGCCGCGUGUGUGGAACGUGUGCCCGUCGCCCCAGGCGAAGGGCCUCUUCGACGCGGUCGCGUGA